CUCCGCCCAACUCCAGCCUCCUGGCGAUUUCGUGGCUUCCUUCGACGAAACAAGGUGGAAGCGAAAGUCGAGCGAGGGCCGCGAGCGCUGCGCGUUCGUCUCCCCCGGAAAGACUCUGACCACGGGCGGCGGCGACGGACGUGAAGUGAGACGCUCGUCUGCGAACUUCGGGAGCGCGUUCCGGGAUCGGGAUGAGCGCGACGUGCGGGACGUGCCUCCGCGCGGCUCUGCUGCUCGGCGGCUGCCUCUUCCUGAGCGCCGCGUCCCGCGCAGGCAAAAUCUCACCGCCGCGGAACCUCUCGCUUACGUGGCUCAGUGAGUUCGAGCCGCACUUGUCCUGGGCGCCGCCGGAGCACUCGAUGGAGGACUGUGAAUAUAGAGUCAGGUUCCAUAGCAGAGAGGUCACAGUAAAGACCAACACCUGGACCUCCUGGGUUGUGAUGGACAGAGGGUUCCUGCCCCUCUCUGUUACCACCGAAUGCAACGGGCGCCCCAGCGAGCCGGCCGCGCGCGACGUCCGGAACCCAGAGCUGGUGAAGAGCUGGCGCUGCUACAUCCGUUCCCGGGACCGGUCCUACUGCUCCUGGGAGCCGGCGGCCGACGCGCCCCACGCCCGCUUCUACUACCGUUUACAGAAACAGGGCCCCGACAGCGGUGCCGGUGACUCUUCGUCCCUACGCGAGUGCGGGACGUACCGUUACCACGACGACGGGACGCGCGGCUGCGAGAUCGAGGCGGGCGACCCCUACAGAAUCUACAUCGUGGUCAACGCGACCCAGAACGGCUCCAGCGUGUGGAACACCUUCCAGAAGGCGCUGUUCACUGAAGUGAGACCCGCUGCGCUCAACUGGACGGUCCAUAAAACCCAGGACUGGUUCCACAUCUCCUGGAGUCCUCCUGACGUCUUCAAUGAGGAGGAGGCGUUCUUAUGGACGUACUGGAUUAAUUACACAGAGUGUGGCAACACAACGAAGCUAGAAGUGCACCAAACCCAGCAUCGCCUGAGGCGGGAGCCCCGCUGUCCGUAUCGCAUCAGGAUCAAAGCCCACAGCGAGAGGGGGGAGUCUCCGUGGAGCGACGAGGAGCGCUUCGACGCCGACCCGAGCCCGGCCGUGUACGCCGCCGUCGUCGUCCCGCUGCUGUUCGCCUGCGUGGCCGCCCUGGUGUGCGCGUGCUGCAGGAGGAACAAAGAAAACCUGUUCCCCAAAAUCCCGCAGCCUCGGGACCUGCUCAGCGACAUCGUCGACAACAACAACAAGAGCCCUGUUUGCAACAUGUACGUCCCCGCCGUGGAGGAGGAGAGCUGUAAAAUCACUCUAGUGAUCGAUCCCCAAGUCAACAAGCAUGACCGCUGAGGCCUCCGGAUGCUGGGACACCGCACACCCUUAUAUAUGUGAUGCGUUCAGGAGCGUCCAGCCUGUAAAUAAGGAAGGGGGCGUCGCACUGGGAACUCUGAAGUCCAGCGCUUCCUUUUCUGGAGAUGCAGACGCACAUUUGAAAAGGGAAAUUUAAAAGUGAUGAAGUGUUUGAAUGUAAUUUAUUGGCCCGCUGUUCCUGAGUGCUGCAGAUGUGGACGAAGCGCGCUGGAUGCCGCGUGGAGUCCUGGGUCGACGCCCAGCGGCGUCGCGUUCAGGGAACUUCGACGCUCGUUUCAGAGUUUUACGAGAAUUCUAUUUUAUAACUACUGGCCGUCAGAUGAAUGCUGGAGGUUGCUCAGCCUUUGUGAGGAUGUGAGGACUCCCUGUUUGUCUCUUUUCUGUAUAGCUGUAAAUGAGUUGUUCGGCGCUGGUGCACAAUUGGAUUCCUGAGCUGUUACUGCAGUAUUAACGUUUGCCCGUGACGAUCCGGCGUGAACGCGGUUCGCCCCACUUUGGUGAUGCAGUAUUUGCAGGCGCUCUGGUUUCCUGAUCAGCUGGGCUGGUUUUAGGCCCGGCGGUCCUGCUCGUCUGUGCCAUCGGCUCUUUGGAUGUAGGCUUCUGAUGGCGUGCACUUUUUCUUCCUGUCUCCAGUAGCAGCUCUGUCGUUCCCAGCGAGUCCGUGAAAAGGACAUCUUGUUUUCGUUUGUUGAAAUCGUGCUUCUUCUGUUUAAUGCCGCGGCUUACGGUCUCCUUCGUACAGCUAAUGCUUCAGACAGCUGUGGUCUGCUGUUGUUUUUCUAUAGCUUUUUAAGGGCGAGAUCAUGUUUUUUUUUAUUACAGCCUGUUUCAAUCAUUCUGUCUGUGACUAGCUCAUUCCUUAUUUGUCCAUGGUUACUGUAUUUGAACAGUGAGCACAAGGCAGAAACAUGUUUGUUUCAUAGUUAAGUCAGUGAUUAGCUUCAGCUGAUUAUUAAAACAAGGGCAUGGUUCCCAAUUCACUAUUUAAAGGAGUUUCUCGAGAAAGACGCGACUGACGCAUCCUGUAGUCAUUUAGGAGCGUUAGUGGGUCUUCUGUGUAUUUUCCAUUCCUUUUACAGCCAACUUCUUAUUGGGUUUUGAGAGUUUCAGGAGCAACAACGUUAGACCACAUAGCAGUUCAUCCAAAACACAGGUGCUUUAUGUCAGGCCCACUGCCUCAGUAUCGCCUCUAGUGGCGAACAGUGGAAAUACGCAAAUCAUUUCACCCACAGUAAAAUAUUGGAAGAAUCCUGGAGCUCCGACGAGGGCUAAGCUGCCUAAUGCUACAUAAGGGGAAGUCAUUAUAUAUGUCAUGUGAUUAUAGGUUAUAGUUAGAUAGUUUAAUUAUCAAGAGGGAUGUUAACCCUGACAUUGUCUGCAGUCAGGGAAUACAUUCAGCGCACAGGGAUGAUGUAGGCUGCUCUUUAGUUUAGCACAGUGUUGAUAUAAUAGUCAUAGUUUUUAUAUAACCCCCAAAACAACAGGAAAAACAACUAAAAGGCCUGAACCAAACGCAUUUGGAGAAUUGCUGCAGCCUUAUCGUCGCUGUACUGUGAAACAUGUGUUUAUACAUUCAGAGGAAAAUAUUUUAAUAAAUAUACAUUUUGUAUGUACAUCUGCAAUUUAAUCAUACAUUUGCACUUAUAUUUGCAUUUAUAUUUCUUUCUAUUUUGUCGAGUUUUGAAUCUAACUGCUUUAUACAUAUAGUGUAGGGUUAACUUACUGUAUUUACAAAUGUAGUUCCCAUCAUGUUGAACAGUAUUCGGUUUACCAGUGUUUGGUAAAAUGUGCAGGGAUAUUUUUGUCACAAAUAUGAUUUGUCUGAUAUGAUGGCAGUUUUAUAAAUGUAUCAUUUACUAAUAGAGUUUAAAAGCUGAUAAUACGCUUGUGAUCAGUGCACAAUAAAAGGCUACACUUUGAGAUUUACA